AUGGCUGAUGAGGAGGAGCGCAUCAAGGCUGAGAAGCUGGCCGCUGCUAAAAAAAGAGUGGCCCAGCUCCAAAAACAAAAGAAAAAGGCCAACAAGAAGGCCACUCCCGCCACCGAUACAGCAAAGGAAGCCGACUCAUCCAAGGAGUCCGAUCAGGUAGAGGAAGCUGAGGCUGCAGCGUCCACAGCAGACCAACCUCCAGCAGAUGACCCCGCCGAGGACAAUCACCAGAGCAACAAGAUGAAUCUACAGAAUCACCCGUUGAACCCAUGCCCCCCCGCGCCUACCUCUCCAGACCCUGAGGCCGACCCGCAACCUGCUCGUUUAGAUACCCCUCGCGCAGGCCAUGGACGCCAACCCUCGCUAUCAAUCCAGUCGAAGAUGCGCUCUUCAUCCUUCCGCAAAACCUCCGUAUCCCAGGGCAGCCACUCGCCCUCUCCAGCAUCCCUCAAAUCGCCCCCGCAGUCACUACCACCCCUGACUGGAGACGGGGACUCAGUGCACGAAGUGUUCCGUAAGCAGUCGACACGGAUUGAGGAACUGGAAAAGGAGAAUAAGCGCAUUGAGAAGGAGCUCGGUGAUGCGACGACGCGCUGGAAGAAAACAGAGGAUCAAUUGGAGGAUCUCCGAGAGGCGAGCGUUGAUGGAGCGGAAUUAAGGGAGAAGCUAAAGGCAGCGGAGGAGAAGGCGGCGAGUAUCGAGUCAUUGAAAGAGGAAAUCGCCUCACUACAACGACAAAACUCACAGCUUCAAUCCCGGUCACACCGUAAUAAUGCCAGUGUUUCUAUCCCACCUCCAUCAGACUCUCCACCGGCUGAUCUUGUGCGCCAGCUCGAGUCAAAAUCGGCUACUAUUGAGGCUAUGGAAUUAGAAAUUUCUAAUCUGCGGGCUCAAAUCAACUCCCACUCUUCUUCCGAUAGUGCGCACGAGACUCAGCUCGCUGCGUUGGAAGGGAAGGUCUCUCAAAGUCAGGGUGCUCUGGAGAAGUCCGAGCGUGAGCUGGCUGAUACGAAGCAAGCGCUGACACGGGCAUCCGAGAAGGCUGUCAAAGAAGGAGUGGAUAAGACCUCUACAGAGACUCUGAUCAAGAGUCUCCAGCGGGAGGUCGAGGAUCUUAAGAACGAGAAAACAGAGUCAGACAAGAAGAUUGACACGCUGGAGAAGAAACUCCAGGCGAUGGGUAAUCUACACAAAGAAUCCGAGGCUCGUCACCAAACCCGUCUCCGUGAGACCGAGAAGUCGGAUAAGGAGACUGCUGUUCUUCGGAAGAAAUUAGCCAGCAUUGAGAACGAAAAUCUCCGACUCCGUGAAGAACGUGACCGCAUCCGCAAGCGAGAUGCCGGCGGAGCAGAUGACGAAGCCCUGGACGAGCUCGAAGAUGAGGAACGUCAGCGUCUUGAACGUCGCAUCCGGGAGCUGGAAGGAGAAGUCUUCGAUUUACGCCGUGGUGUCUGGCAAGAGAAGCGUCAAGAACUUGCAGGCCAGCCAUUUUCAGAAGAGAACCUGGACUACUCCGCCGGAGACGCCGCAGCUAAUGCCUUUGACGACGUUGAUCUCGUUGGAGGUCGUCCAGACCACGCUCGUCGUCGUAGUAUGGCUCAACAGCAACACCAUUCUUCCUUCUCGACUGUUCUAUCUAGUGGAUUUGCUGCGUUCACUGGUGGUAACAAUAACAACUCUAAUCGCGCCCGAGCUGGCUCUUCUAACCCACUUCAUCAUGCCCCUGCAACACGUGGUAGUCUUGAACUCCUCUCCGAAGAGAAUCUGGAAGAUGAUUUCGAUGAGGCGGAGUUCAGUCGUGCCCAGGCUGAGGAGGAGGCCCGGAAACGGGUGGAAUGGGUCCGUGAUACCAAGCGGAAACUGCGCGACUGGAAUGGAUGGCGACUGGAUCUGGUUGAUAGUCGUGCUGGUGCUGAGGGAGCCGGUGUGGGAAUGGGUGAGAUUUUUGAAGUUUAA